AUGGAUGUUUUUGCGAAAAAAUGUAUAGAAGACCACAGACAGCCCUUGGUGAAACUGCCUUUGUUGCCGGUACAAAAGUUAUUUUUCCCUGCCAAAACCCCAGACGAAGUAAAUCGUAUCGAGGAACAUCAAAACUACUUCAAAACCGUGUUGGAAUAUCAAAAAAUCGAAAAGAGAUCGGCCCGGGCACAAGCCAUUUGGCUAAACACGAAAAAUAUGGCCCAAGUAACCAAAAUAACCAAAAAUCUUGUGAGAAAUUUUGGUUUCCAAAACAAGGAAGGCGUUUUCAUUUGGCCAGAAGAAAUGCUUUUUCUUUUAGAAAGUAAUAAAUUAGAAGUGACUUGCAAUGAUUGUCCUUUGACUAUUGAGCAAGCAUAUGAAAUAACAUUGCAAACGAUUAGCAUUGCAAAAUAUAGAAUAUACAAAAAGUUGGCCUCUUUGGGGCACAAACUGGUUAAAUAUGAGGAAUUUAGACCAACCAAAAGGGCCUCAGAAGAAGAACAAAGUGACAGUAAAAGAAUCAAAAAAGAUGCUCAACAAAUAGAAAAUAUUUUUCAACAAAUGAGAAAUAUUAUGCCAAAACAUUCUAAUCAAACUAGUGAUAAUAUAAAACCAAAUUAUUGCGUUUAUAAUGCAACCAAUCAAGGCAAACAACCAAAUUUUAAUUUAUUCAUUUGUGAAGAAGAAUUGAAACAGAGCAGCUUCAAUUUGAAUAAAUUGCCAAACAUUUACGCCACCUGUGAUGAUGAUGUAUCUUUCUAUAAACUUUCAGCUAUUCAUUUGCCACAACUAUAG